UGCAGGCGAGCUGAUCGCUAACGACAGAGACGCAGUAUGGCUUAAUUUCACAGUGCAAGCGUCUCACUUUGUACCAGUACAAUCUUAGAGAGCACUUUACCGAAAGUGACGCGUAUCGACUUACCUACCCAUUUACCCGUCAUAACAGUUCAAGAAACCACAUCGAUAAUGGCAAAUAAUAUUAUUCGCCCACUUGGACGCAUCGAAACCAACAGCGCUUUGAUGCAUGAGGAAAACGUCAAUACAGUUGCUUUUACCACGUGGAUCACCUCGAAAAGGGUGAUAACAGAUGACGUUUGGGAACAAUGUCUCAGCCAACUGCAAAGAGACAUUCCGCAUCUUCGACUGGUCAUAGUUUGGCAAGAAGGGAAGAGACACUUCAAGUAUAUGGACAUCCCUCGUGUAGACAUCGAGCUGAUUGAAGGGACGGCAGAAGAUGACUGGGAGAAGGUCCACGAGGAUAUGAUGCGCGUGAGCUUUGACACAGCCAAUGGUCCGCUUUGGAGGGUGAGAGUAGUGCGCAUGCCCAAACGAAAUGCUGACUCUAGAACAGAGGGAUAUGCCGUAAAUGAAAACGACCUGUUUAACAGCGUAGUCGUAUUUGGGGUCCAUCACUCUAUCAUGGAUGGAACCUCCAGUCUGUAUAUGUUACGCAGGCUAAUUAAUAUCCUAAACGCCGCCACGUCGGGUGUUCCCUGUGAGGAUAGCGAAGACGUGAUGCUUCAGCCAGCUUUGGAAGAUCUUUUGCCACGUGUUGACAUGGCAUUUAAUUGGCGAGAUUACAUCCAAGUAGCAAUUUUAAAGCUUAUGGAGUGGUUUCCAAGGAAGAGUCUUUAUAUGAAGCGAUUCCCGCCACCGACUGCAGUAGGUGAUACAUAUACAAAAACAGUGGCGGUUGAAUUUUCAAUUCCAGAAACUGAGAGAAUUCUAGCAAAAUGUAAGGAUCAUGGGACAACUGUUCAUGGUAUCUUCUUUGCCGCUGCAUCCAUGGCCAUGGCCAGUCUGGUAAAUGAUGGAAAACCUCACAGCGUUUUGAACAUAGGUUCUACUCACGCUGUUAACAUGCGGCGUUUUCUUCCACCCGAAUUAAAAACUGCUUUUGGUCUUUUGGUUUGGAUACCUGCUGUCACAUUAAUGACUCCAACCACUGUGGCGUAUUCUGCCUUAUGGAGACUUGCAAAGAAUGCAACCCAAGUUGUUCACUCCGCACUUAGAAAUGGAGAGGUCACGCAGUCUUAUAAAAUAGAGAAAUACAUGGGUGACGACAGCGUGAAGCGCAUGCUAGCCUAUCCGGAUUGUACAAUGGAAUUUUUUAUGUCCAAUAUCGGAGACUGUGACAAGUUAUGUCCUCCUGGCGGAAAAGACGACGAGGUUCACGCUACAAGAAUUGUCACGUCCACCGCGUCGCUUAGGUAUCCUGCGCCGUUUGUGCACUUUUUGCACAAAUUCCGAGGUCGAUUCUGCUACAAUGUAGACUACUGCACCAACAGGGUGAGUGAUACCAACGCCCACAAAUACGCUGAGCUGACCGUGGAGUUGAUGAAGAUGGCAGCAGGAGACGAAUAGACAUAGAGAUGAUUGGAAUUAAGUUUUUCUGUUUUGCCCUAUUUGAAUUUGAGAAAAAAAAACAACUAAGUUAAUAUAAGUGACUGAGUUAAUAUAGGCAUUUCAAGCUGAGUGUGAGGUGCUGCGACGGUAUGGGGCAGAGAACGACCAAAAUGCAGCUUAGGAGUUGUACUGGUGUAUAAGUUUGGCAUCUGGCACAAAAUAUCACAGUGGCGUGCAAAUCGAAGAAUACAAUAAUAACGUAAAUGAAUAAACAAACCAGAAAAUAGUCAUGAUGUUUUCACACACUCAUCUUUUUGGAGAGUUGGUUUAUGUUUUUCAGGCGGCCAUGGCUGAUUAGAGAGAGGACAUAUUAGAGAGGUCAUGCAUAUAUUAGGUCACGUAAGACAACCUAUAACCAACUAUGCUUAAAUACCCAUGAUGUGUUACACUUUUUAUUUAAUGCAGGGUUACUUAGCAAAUACAGAUCGCAUCUAUAACAGCACCAUAACGCCUACAUAAGUAUAAGCUUUAUGGUAAUGUUUAUGCUGGGAAGAUGAAUAUUUUGAAUUAUAAAGCUUCUUUUGCUAUUUGCCUAGUACCAAUAGUGUCCAAUAGUCAUGGAACUUUGGACAUUGAUACUUUAUACUAAUUAAGCAAAUUCAAUUGCGUCCACACAGGUGAUGAUGUGUACUGCAUGAAUGAAAUUAUUACUAACUAAUUAUAAUUAUGUAUAACUAACCUCAUGUAAGCCAGAGUUUUGGUAUGAUGAUUCCUUGUAUUAUCCAUGCAAUAAGCGUUGUCCUAUAUA